AUGACUGGCCAGCUCGUCUGGCUAAUCACCGGCUGUUCCUCCGGAAUCGGCGAGGCAACGGUUCGAGCCAUCCUAGCCAAAGGCGAUAAAGUGAUAGCAACAUCACGCGCCAAAAACGGCAUCAACGGCACAAAUCGACUCUCCACGCUCGCGCACGCCGGUGCCGCUGUCCUAGAACUUGACGUGAAUUCCUCGCAAGAAAGACUCAUGGAAAUAGCGGAAGAAGCAUGGAAGAUCUACGGGCAUGUCGAUGUGGUCAUGAAUAAUGCGGGUUAUAUGGAUGCAGGUACAACUGAGGAAUACAAUACCGAGCAGUUAACCAAUAUCCUCCAAACACACGUCUUCGGCCCACUGAAUCUAUCCAGAGCAUUCCUCCCUCUCAUGCGGAGUCGUAUGAGCGGGACUUUUCUUUUUGCUGCUUCCGCCUCACCAUACACAACUGGACCAGUUGCAUCGGGGUAUGCAGGCUCAAAGGCUCUUCUAGAGUCCAUUGUGCAGAAGAUGGCGGGUGAAGUUGGGCCUUUUGGUGUUCGGUGUUGUGUACUUGUUUUCGGACAUUAUCGAACCAACCAUCUCUCACCCGAGAAUUGUGUUUCUAGUGGACGGAAGACGAUUCCGGAGUAUGAGGAACUUGAUAAUCUUGUGCAGAAGAUCCUGAAGGAGGGCCAUGGGACGCAGAUUGGGGAUCCGGUUAAGGCGGCUGGAUUGACUGUUGAUGCUGUUAGAGGGGAGGGAUCGUGUGUUGGUAAGGAGUUGCCAAUGCGAUUACCACUUGGUCCAGAUGCAUUUGCAGCAAUGAGAGGUCAUUGUCAGGAACUGCUGAAGAUUUGUGAUGAGUGGGAGGAUAUUGCUUCAAAGACUAGUUUCUUGGAAGGAGAAGGAUGA